GACAGGGGGCUGGACAGAAGGGGUUGGGAUUUCUGGAAGCCGCCGGAGGUCCGCUGGAAGUCUGGUUCCCACCUUGAGAGCCUCUCCCCGCAGGCGAUGCGCACCCAGGUUCCGGAGGACAGAGGCCGAGAGCAUCUAGAAGAAACGAGGCACCCCACCCUCCACAUUCCUCCAGACCUCGCUGGGCUGACUCCCAUCAUGCCGGGUCCUCUCAGUCUCCCAACACUCGGCCACUUCCUUCUCCCUUGGGCCUUCACCAUCCUCCACGAAGCCCUGGGGGAUGCAGCACCCCACCCUGGUCCCCACUACCUCCUGCCCCCCAUCCACGAGGUCAUUCACUCUCAUCGUGGGGCCACCGCCACGCUGCCCUGCGUCCUGGGCACCCCGCCUCCCAGCUACAAGGUCCGCUGGAGCAAAGUGGAGCCCGGGGAGCUCCGGGAAACGCUGAUCCUCAUCACCAACGGCCUGCACGCCCGGGGCUACGGGCCCCUGGGGGGGCGUGCCAGGAUGCGGAGGGGGCACCGGCUGGACGCCUCCCUAGUCAUCGAGGGCGUGCGCCUGGAGGACGAGGGCAGGUACCGCUGUGAACUCAUCAACGGCAUGGAGGACGAGAGCGUGGCGCUAACGCUGCGCCUGGAGGGAGUGGUGUUUCCGUACCAGCCCAGCCGGGGCCGGUACCAGUUUAAUUACUACGAGGCGAAACAGGCGUGCGAGGAGCAGGACGGGCGUCUGGCCACCUACGCCCAGCUGUACCAGGCGUGGACCGAGGGCCUGGACUGGUGCAACGCGGGCUGGCUGCUCGAGGGCUCGGUGCGCUACCCGGUGCUCACGGCGCGCGCCCCGUGCGGCGGCCGGGGGCGGCCGGGGAUCCGCAGCUACGGGCCCCGCGACCGGAAGCGCGACCGCUACGACGCCUUCUGCUUCACUUCGAUGACGGCAGGCCACGUGUUCUUCGUGCCCGGGCGGCUGACGCUGUCCGAAGCGCACGCGGCGUGCCGGCGACGCGGGGCCACGGUGGCCAAGGUCGGGCACCUCUACGCCGCCUGGAAGUUCUCGGGGCUGGACCAGUGCGACGGCGGCUGGCUGGCGGACGGCAGCGUGCGCUUCCCCAUCACGUCGCCUCGGCCGCGCUGCGGGGGCCUCCCCGACCCCGGCGUGCGCAGCUUCGGCUUCCCGCGAGCCCAGCAGGCGGCCUUCGGGACCUACUGCUACUCGGAGUAG